UCCUAUAAUUAUUCGAUGCAAAGAAUAUAAAUGUCAGUAAAGAGUUUUUAAUAAGCCGUAUCGCGACUAGUCCUCAUAUUAUAUGAUAGUCUUGACAGUAUUUAUUAUACCUUUUGAUUACAACGAAAGUGGGUGCAGAGCUAUAUCUCAGAUUGGUAGUUCAUAUAAAAUGGAUCAUUUGUGGAAGCGUGAACUAGUGAUGGCUUUAAUAAAAGAGUGGCGCCAACAUGAUAACUUGUAUAACAUUUCAAAUCACAAUUAUACUCGCAAAUAUAUUCGCAAUCGUUCAAUUAAAGCAAUUUAUAAUGUUCUAAAAAAAUCACAGGCGAAAAUCACAAUUGAAAUGAUUAAAAAGAAGAUGCAUACUCUGCGUACUCAAUUUUGUAAGGAGCGGAAACUGUACAUAGACUUUAAAAGUAGAAAUACUUCAUACGAAGAGUAUGAGCCAAAAUUAUGGUGUUACGAUUAUUUAACUUUUUUGAAACCUUUUGCAUGUGAUACUGCAAAGGCUUCAAAUUUUAUAGCUGACGAUCACUCAAUGUUUGAAUAUGAAAGUUCUGAUGCCUCUCAACCGAGCAAUGAGAUAGUAAAAUCAACGGAUGAUAAUAAUGUUCAAUUAUCUGAAAGUAAUACAAACGAAAUCUCGAUUAAAAUCGAAUCGGAUAAUGAUAUGCCGACAGAUACUGAAGCUAAUUAUCAAGAUGAUAAUGACUAUCAAAGUGAAAAAGCAGAACCCAGUUUUAAAAGUAAAAGUUUAACAGCACCUAAGAAAACUUCAAAUUGUAUUAACAAACCUCAGCCUAAAGUGAACUACAAUUCAAUUGCAACUACUAUACAAAAAAUUAAAACAGAACUUCUGCACUUAGCUGAUGACAAAUAUACCUGGCUUGGGGAGCAUGUUGUGAACGAGAUCUGUAAAAUUGAAGAUGAGUCUAUUUUGGAGGAUUGCAUUAGUAAUAUACAAUUAAUUUUAAAAAAUAGCCUUGCAAAAAGCAAAGAAGUUACUGAGGAAAUUGAUCCGUUUGGAAAUGAUAUGAAGUAGCUUUCUUGAUUUCACAGACGUAUAUAUAUCAUAGUUCAGAGCUUCUACUAAUAAAUUUGUUAUAAUAAUAAAUUGCAUAAGAAUUAAAACUGCAUUUUCUACAUUUGUAACUAGAAUCUUUUCUACGCAAGAAUCUUAUGUAAUUAU